AUGGCUGUGUUGCCUAUCGGCUCUCACUUUGCGCCGCCGCAUCAGUUGACGAAGAGACACGCCGUCGCGACUUCACCCCCAAUCUCUCUCUCGGCCCGAUUCCCGCAAAAUGUCUCCUUUUCGAAAGUAUCUGGAAUUGCAGGCUCGAGCUUGUCCAGAUAUGGUGUUCUCGCGAGGGCCGAGGAUAAGAUAAAGAGCUCUUCUUCUUCUCCUUCUCUCGAAGAUCAACCUCAACCAAUCGAUGAUGAGGAUAUGAUGGACUCAGGAUCAUGUGACCCUAUAUGCUCAGUUGAUGAACCCAGUUCGAGUUACUUUGAGGCGAAUUAUCAGCCAAAGACAGAUAUAGUCAAAGCUAUUGCUGUUUUUGCAGCAGCUCUUACAGGAACAGCUGCCAUUAAUCAUUCUUGGGUCGCUGCUAAUCAGGAUGUUGCUAUGGCGUUGUUGUUUGGAAUAGGAUACAUUGGAAUCAUCUUCGAAGAGUCUUUAUCAUUUAAUAAAAGUGGGAUUGGACUUUUGAUGGCUGUGAGUUUGUGGGUUGUGCGGAGCAUAGGGGCUCCUUCAACUGAAGUAGCUGUUUCAGAGCUUCAACAUGCAUCAGCUGAAGUUAGUGAAAUAGUAUUCUUUUUGCUGGGGGCAAUGACCAUUGUGGAGAUAGUUGAUGCUCACCAAGGGUUUAAGCUUGUUACAGACAAUAUCACCACUCGGAAGCCAAAGACACUUUUAUGGGUGGUCGGCUUUGUGACCUUUUUCCUCAGUUCGAUUCUAGACAAUCUGACCUCUACCAUUGUCAUGGUUUCUCUACUGAGGAAACUUGUUCCUCCAUCAGAAUACCGCAAACUUCUAGGAGCUGUAGUGGUAAUAGCGGCAAAUGCAGGAGGAGCAUGGACUCCAAUUGGUGAUGUCACGACAACUAUGCUAUGGAUUCAUGGUCAGAUAACCACCUUGCCUACUAUGCAGGGCCUGUUUAUACCUUCGGCCAUUUCCCUUGCUGUUCCACUAGCCCUCAUGUCCUUGACCAGUGAGGUAAAUGGAAAGGGACAGGAUUCUUCAGAUGUAUUGACCUCUGAGAAGAUGGCUCCGAGAGGGAAGCUAGUCUUCGGAGUUGGUCUUGGAGCACUGGUUUUUGUACCGGUCUUUAAGGCUCUAACCGGAUUGCCUCCUUACAUGGGUAUCUUGCUGGGUCUCGGUGUUCUCUGGAUCUUGACAGAUGCCAUUCAUUACGGUGAAUCAGAAAGACAAAAGCUCAAAGUACCUCAGGCCUUAUCUCGAAUCGACACGCAAGGCGCUCUGUUUUUCCUCGGCAUUCUUUUAUCCAUUAGCAGCCUUGAGGCAGCUGGGAUCCUCCGGGAGAUUGCAAACUACCUUGACGCUAAUAUACCCAACGUUGAGCUCAUUGCAAGUGCCAUUGGUGUUGUAUCAGCAAUCAUUGACAAUGUUCCACUGGUUGCAGCCACUAUGGGGAUGUACGAUCUCACAUCGUUCCCUCAAGAUUCCGAAUUUUGGCAGCUCAUUGCUUUCUGCGCCGGCACUGGUGGUUCGAUGCUCAUCAUCGGAUCUGCUGCUGGUGUUGCCUUCAUGGGGAUGGAGAAAAUCGAUUUCUUUUGGUACUUCCGAAAGGUUAGUGGUUUUGCUUUCGCUGGCUAUGCUGCUGGCAUCGCAGCUUAUCUGGCAGCUCAUAGUCUCCAGCUGUCUCUUCCGACGACCGUCGCUCAGAUCCCUUUUCUCCCUGGUUCCUAG